GGGACCUAGGGCAAGCAGUGGUUUCUCCUCCUUCCUCCCGGGAAGGGCCAGGAAAAUGGCCCUGGUCCUGGAGAUCUUCACCCUGCUGGCCUCCAUCUGCUGGGUGUCGGCCAAUAUCUUCGAGUACCAGGUGGAUGCCCAGCCCCUUCGUCCCUGUGAGCUGCAGAGGGAAACGGCCUUUCUGAAGCAAGCAGACUACGUGCCCCAGUGUGCAGAGGAUGGCAGCUUCCAGACUGUCCAGUGCCAGAACGAUGGCCGCUCCUGCUGGUGUGUGGGUGCCGACGGCAGUGAAGUGCUGGGCAGCAGGCAGCCAGGACGGCCUGUGGCUUGUCUGUCAUUUUGUCAGCUACAGAAACAGCAGAUCUUACUGAGUGGCUACAUUAACAGCACAGACACCUCCUACCUCCCUCAGUGUCAGGAUUCAGGGGACUACACGCCUGUUCAGUGUGACGUGCAGCAGGUCCAGUGCUGGUGUGUGGACGCAGAGGGGAUGGAGGUGUAUGGGACCCGCCAGCUGGGGAGGCCAAAGCGAUGUCCAAGGAGCUGUGAAAUAAGAAAUCGUCGUCUUCUCCACGGGGUGGGAGAUAAGUCACCACCCCAGUGUUCUGCGGAGGGAGAGUUUAUGCCUGUCCAGUGCAAAUUCGUCAACACCACAGACAUGAUGAUUUUUGAUCUGGUCCACAGCUACAACAGGUUUCCAGAUGCAUUUGUGACCUUCAGUUCCUUCCAGAGGAGGUUCCCUGAGGUGUCUGGGUAUUGCCACUGUGCUGACAGCCAAGGGCGGGAACUGGCUGAGACAGGUUUGGAGUUGUUACUGGAUGAAAUUUAUGACACCAUUUUUGCUGGCCUGGACCUUCCUUCCACCUUCACUGAAACCACCCUGUACCGGAUACUGCAGAGACGGUUCCUCGCAGUUCAAUCAGUCAUCUCUGGCAGAUUCCGAUGCCCCACAAAAUGUGAAGUGGAGCGGUUUACAGCAACCAGCUUUGGUCACCCCUAUGUUCCAAGCUGCCGCCGAAAUGGCGACUAUCAGGCGGUGCAGUGCCAGACGGAAGGGCCCUGCUGGUGUGUGGACGCCCAGGGGAAGGAAAUGCAUGGAACCCGGCAGCAAGGGGAGCCGCCAUCUUGUGCUGAAGGCCAAUCUUGUGCCUCCGAAAGGCAGCAGGCCUUGUCCAGACUCUACUUUGGGACCUCAGGCUACUUCAGCCAGCACGACCUGUUCUCUUCCCCAGAGAAAAGAUGGGCCUCUCCAAGAGUAGCCAGAUUUGCCACAUCCUGCCCACCCACGAUCAAGGAGCUCUUUGUGGACUCUGGGCUUCUCCGCCCAAUGGUGGAGGGACAGAGCCAACAGUUUUCUGUCUCAGAAAAUCUUCUCAAAGAAGCCAUCCGAGCAAUUUUUCCCUCCCGAGGUCUGGCUCGUCUUGCCCUUCAGUUUACCACCAACCCAAAGAGACUCCAGCAAAACCUUUUUGGAGGGAAAUUUUUGGUGAAUGUUGGCCAGUUUAACUUGUCUGGAGCCCUUGGCACAAGAGGCACAUUUAACUUCAGUCAAUUUUUCCAGCAACUUGGUCUUGCAAGCUUCUUGAAUGGAGGGAGACAAGAAGAUUUGGCCAAGCCACUCUCUGUGGGAUUAGAUUCAAAUUCUUCCACAGGAACCCCUGAAGCUGCUAAGAAGGAUGGUACUAUGAAUAAGCCAACUGUGGGCAGCUUUGGCUUUGAAAUUAACCUACAAGAGAACCAAAAUGCCCUCAAAUUCCUUGCUUCUCUCCUGGAGCUUCCAGAAUUCCUUCUCUUCUUGCAACAUGCUAUCUCUGUGCCAGAAGAUGUGGCAAGAGAUUUAGGUGAAGUGAUGGAAACGGUACUCAGCUCCCAGACCUGUGAGCAGACACCUGAAAGGCUAUUUGUCCCAUCAUGCACGACAGAAGGAAGCUAUGAAGAUGUCCAAUGCUUUGCCGGAGAGUGCUGGUGUGUGAAUUCCUGGGGCAAAGAGCUUCCAGGCUCAAGAGUCAGAGGUGGACAGCCGAGGUGCCCCACAGACUGUGAAAAGCAAAGGGCUCGCAUGCAAAGCCUCAUGGGCAGCCAGCCUGCUGGCUCCACCUUGUUUGUCCCUGCUUGUACUAGUGAGGGACAUUUCCUGCCUGUCCAGUGCUUCAACUCAGAGUGCUACUGUGUUGAUGCUGAGGGUCAGGCCAUUCCUGGAACUCGAAGUGCAACAGGGAAGCCCAAGAAAUGCCCCACGCCCUGUCAAUUACAGGCUGAGCAAGCUUUCCUCAGGACGGUGCAGGCCCUGCUCUCUAACUCCAGCAUGCUACCCACCCUUUCCGACACCUACAUCCCACAGUGCAGCACCGAUGGGCAGUGGAGACAAGUGCAAUGCGAUGGGCCUCCCGAGCAGGUCUUCGAGUUGUACCAACGAUGGGAGGCUCAGAACAAGGAUCUGACGCCUGCCAAGCUGCUAGUGAAGAUCAUGAGCUACAGAGAAGCAGCUUCCGGAAACUUCAGUCUCUUUAUUCAAAGUCUGUAUGAGGCUGGCCAGCAAGAUGUCUUCCCGGUGCUGUCACAAUACCCUUCUCUGCAAGAUGUCCCACUAGCAGCACUGGAAGGGAAACGGCCCCAGCCCAGGGAGAAUAUCCUCCUGGAGCCCUACCUCUUCUGGCAGAUCUUAAAUGGCCAACUCAGCCAAUACCCGGGCUCCUACUCAGACUUCAGCACUCCUUUGGCACAUUUCGAUCUUCGGAACUGCUGGUGUGUGGAUGAGGCUGGCCAAGAACUGGAAGGAACGCGGGCUGAGCCAAGCAAGCUCCCAACAUGUCCUGGCUCCUGUGAGGAAGCGAAGCUCCGUGUACUGCAGUUCAUUAGGGAAACGGAAGAGAUUGUUUCAGCUUCCAACAGUUCUAGGUUCCCUCUGGGGGAGAGUUUCCUGGUGGCCAAGGGAAUCCGGCUGAGGAAUGAGGACCUCGGCCUUCCUCCGCUCUUCCCGCCCCGGGAGGCUUUCGCGGAGCAGUUUCUGCGCGGGAGUGAUUACGCCAUUCGCCUGGCGGCUCAGUCUACCUUAAGCUUCUAUCAGAGACGCCGCUUUUCCCCGGACGACUCGGCUGGAGCAUCCGCCCUUCUGCGGUCGGGCCCCUACGUGCCACAGUGUGAUGCGUUUGGAAGUUGGGAGCCUGUGCAGUGCCACGCUGGGACUGGGCACUGCUGGUGUGUAGAUGAGAAAGGAGGGUUCAUCCCUGCCUCACUGACUGCCCGCUCUCUGCAGAUUCCACAGUGCCCGACAACCUGCGAGAAAUCUCGAACCAGUGGGCUGCUUUCCAGUUGGAAACAGGCUAGAUCCCAAGAAAACCCAUCUCCAAGAGACCUGUUCGUCCCAGCCUGCCUAGAGACAGGAGAGUAUGCCAGGCUGCAGGCAUCGGGGGCUGGCACCUGGUGUGUGGACCCUGCAUCAGGAGAAGAGUUGCGUCCUGGCUCGAACAGCAGUGCCCAGUGCCCAAGCCUCUGCAAUGUGCUCAAGAGUGGAGUCCUCUCCAGGAGAGUCAGCCCAGGCUAUGUCCCAGCCUGCAGGGCAGAGGAUGGGGGCUUUUCCCCAGUGCAAUGUGACCAGGCGCAGGGCAGCUGCUGGUGUGUCAUGGACAGCGGAGAAGAGGUGCCUGGGACGCGCGUGGCCGGGGGCCAGCCCGCCUGUGAGAGCCCGCGGUGUCCGCUGCCAUUCAACGCGUCGGAGGUGGUUGGUGGAACAAUCCUGUGUGAGACAACCUCGGGCCCCACAGGGGCUGCCAUCCAGCAGUGCCAAUUGCUGUGCCGCCAGGGCUCCUGGAGCGUGUUUCCACCAGGGCCAUUGAUAUGUAGCCUGGAGAGCGGACGCUGGGAGUCACAGCCGCCUCAGCCCCGGGCCUGCCAACGGCCCCAGCUGUGGCAGACCAUGCAGACCCAAGGGCACUUUCAGCUCCAGCUCCCGCCGGGCAAGAUGUGCAGUGCUGACUAUGCGAGUUUGCUGCAGACUUUCCAGGUUUUCAUAUUGGAUGAGCUGACGGCCCGCGGCUUCUGCCAGAUCCAGGUGAAGACUUUUGGCACCCUGGUUUCCAUUCCUGUCUGCAACAACUCCUCUGUGCAGGUGGGUUGUCUGACCAGCGAGCGUUUAGGAGUGAAUGUUACAUGGAAAUCACGGCUUGAGGACAUCCCAGUAGCUUCUCUUCCUGACUUACAUGACAUUGAGAGAGCCUUGGUGGGCAAGGAUCUCCUUGGGCGCUUCACAGAUCUGAUCCAGAGUGGCUCAUUCCAGCUUCAUCUGGACUCCAAGACGUUCCCAGCGGAAACCACCAUCCGCUUCCUCCAAGGGGACCACUUUGGCACCUCUCCCAGGACAUGGUUUGGGUGCUCGGAAGGAUUCUACCAAGUCUUGACAAGUGAGGCCAGUCAGGACGGACUGGGAUGCGUUAAGUGUCCUGAAGGAAGCUAUUCCCAAGAUGAGGAAUGCAUUCCUUGUCCUGUUGGAUUCUACCAAGAACAGGCAGGGAGCUUGGCCUGUGUCCCAUGUCCUGUGGGCAGAAUGACCAUUUCUGCCGGAGCUUUCAGCCAGACUCACUGUGUCACAGACUGUCAGAGGAACGAAGCAGGCCUGCAAUGUGACCAGAAUGGCCAGUAUCGAGCCAGCCAGAAGGACAGGGGCAGUGGGAAGGCCUUCUGUGUGGAUGGCGAGGGGCGGAGGCUGCCAUGGUGGGAAACAGAGGCCCCACUUGAGGACUCACAGUGUUUGAUGAUGCAGAAGUUUGAGAAGGUUCCAGAAUCAAAGGUGAUCUUCGACGCCAAUGCUCCUGUGGCUGUCAGAUCCAAAGUUCCUGAUUCUGAGUUCCCCGUGAUGCAGUGCUUGACAGAUUGCACAGAGGACGAGGCCUGCAGCUUCUUCACCGUGUCCACGAUGGAGCCAGAGAUUUCCUGUGAUUUCUAUGCUUGGACAAGUGACAAUGUUGCCUGCAUGACUUCUGACCAGAAACAAGAUGCACUGGGGAACUCAAAGGCCACCAGCUUUGGAAGUCUUCGCUGCCAGGUGAAAGUGAGGAGCCGUGGUCAAGAUUCUCCAGCUGUGUAUUUGAAAAAGGGCCAAGGAUCCACCACAACACUUCAGAAAAGCUUUGAACCCACUGGUUUCCAAAACAUGCUUUCUGGAUUGUACAACCCCAUUGUGUUCUCAGCCUCAGGAGCCAAUCUGACCGAUGCUCACCUCUUCUGUCUUCUUGCAUGCGACCGUGAUCUGUGUUGCGAUGGCUUCGUCCUCACACGGGUUCAAGGAGGUGCCAUCAUCUGUGGGUUGCUGAGCUCACCCAGUGUCCUGCUUUGUAAUGUCAAAGACUGGAUGGAUCCCUCUGAAGCCUGGGCUAAUGCUACAUGUCCUGGUGUGACAUAUGACCAGGAGAGCCACCAGGUGAUAUUGCGUCUUGGAGGCCAGGAGUUCAUCAAGAGUCUGACACCCCUAGAAGGAACUCAAGACACCUUUACCAAUUUUCAGCAGGUUUAUCUCUGGAAAGAUUCUGACAUGGGGUCUCGGCCUGAGUCUAUGGGAUGUAGAAAAGACACAGUGCCAAGGCCAGCAUCUCCAACAGAAGCAGGUUUGACAACAGAACUUUUCUCCCCUGUGGACCUCAACCAGGUCAUUGUCAAUGGAAAUCAAUCACUAUCCAGCCAGAAGCACUGGCUUUUCAAGCACCUGUUUUCAGCCCAGCAGGCAAACCUGUGGUGCCUUUCUCGUUGUGUGCAGGAGCACUCUUUCUGUCAGCUCGCAGAGAUAACAGAGAGUGCAUCCUUGUACUUCACCUGCACCCUCUACCCAGAGGCACAGGUGUGUGAUGACAUCAUGGAGUCCAAUGCCCAGGGCUGCAGACUGAUCCUGCCUCAGAUGCCAAAGGCCCUGUUCCGGAAGAAAGUUAUACUGGAAGAUAAAGUGAAGAACUUUUACACUCGCCUGCCAUUCCAAAAACUGAUGGGGAUAUCCAUUAGAAAUAAAGUGCCCAUGUCUGAAAAAUCUAUUUCUAAUGGGUUCUUUGAAUGUGAACGACGGUGCGAUGCGGACCCAUGCUGCACUGGCUUUGGAUUUCUAAAUGUUUCCCAGUUAAAAGGAGGAAAAGUGACAUGUCUCACUCUGAACAGCUUGGGAAUUCAGAUGUGCAGUGAGGAGAAUGGAGGAGCCUGGCGCAUUUUGGACUGUGGCUCUCCUGACAUUGAAGUCCACACCUAUCCCUUCGGAUGGUACCAGAAGCCCAUUGCUCAAAAUAAUGCUCCCAGUUUUUGCCCUUUGGUUGUUCUGCCUUCCCUCACAGAGAAAGUGUCUCUGGACUCGUGGCAGUCGCUGGCCCUCUCUUCAGUGGUUGUUGAUCCAUCCAUUAGGCACUUUGAUGUUGCCCAUGUCAGCACUGCUGCCACCAGCAAUUUCUCUGCUGUCCGAGACCUCUGUUUGUCGGAAUGUUCCCAACAUGAGGCCUGUCUCAUCACCACUCUGCAAACCCAACCUGGGGCUGUGAGAUGUAUGUUCUAUGCUGAUACUCAAAGCUGCACACAUAAUCUGCAGGGUCAGAACUGCCGACUUCUGCUUCGUGAAGAGGCCACCCACAUCUACCGGAAGCCAGGAAUCUCUCUGCUCAGCUAUGAGGCAUCUGUACAUUCUGUGCCCAUUUCCACCCAUGGCCGGCUGCUGGGCCGGUCCCAGGCCAUCCAGGUGGGUACCUCAUGGAAGCAAGUGGACCAGUUCCUUGGAGUUCCAUAUGCUGCCCCACCCCUGGCAGAGAGGCGCUUCCGGGCACCAGAGCCCUUGAACUGGACAGGCUCCUGGGAUGCCAGCAAGCCAAGGGCCAGCUGCUGGCAGCCAGGCACCAGAACAUCCACGUCUCCUGGAGUCAGUGAAGAUUGUUUGUAUCUCAAUGUGUUCAUCCCUCAGAAUGUGGCCCCUAACGCAUCUGUGCUGGUGUUCUUCCACAACACCAUGGACGGGGAGGAGAGUGAAGGAUGGCCGGCUAUCGACGGCUCCUUCUUGGCUGCUGUUGGCAACCUCAUCGUGGUCACUGCCAGCUACCGAGUGGGUGUCUUCGGCUUCCUGAGUUCUGGGUCCGGAGACGUGAGUGGCAACUGGGGGCUGCUGGACCAGGUGGCGGCUCUGACCUGGGUGCAGACCCACAUCCGAGGAUUUGGUGGGGACCCUCGGCGCGUGUCCCUGGCAGCAGACCGUGGCGGGGCUGAUGUGGCCAGCAUCCACCUUCUCACGGCCAGGGCCACCAACUCCCAACUUUUCCGGAGAGCUGUGCUGAUGGGAGGCUCCGCACUCUCCCCGGCCGCCGUCAUCAGCCAUGAGAGGGCUCAGCAGCAGGCAAUUGCUUUGGCAAAGGAGGUCAGCUGCCCCAUGUCAUCCAGCCAAGAAGUGGUGUCCUGCCUCCGCCAGAAGCCUGCCAGUGUCCUCAAUGAUGCCCAGACCAAGCUCCUGGCCGUGAGUGGCCCUUUCCACUACUGGGGUCCUGUGAUCGAUGGCCAGUUCCUCCGUGAGCCUCCAGCCAGAGCACUGAAGAGGUCUUUACGGGUAGAGGUCGAUCUGCUCAUUGGGAGUUCUCAGGACGAUGGGCUCAUCAACAGAGCAAAGGCUGUGAAGCAAUUUGAGGAAAGUCAAGGCCGGACCAGUAGCAAAACAGCCUUUUACCAGGCACUGCAGAAUUCUCUGGGUGGCGAGGACUCAGAUGCCCGCGUCGAGGCUGCUGCUACAUGGUAUUACUCUCUGGAGCACUCCACGGACGACUAUGCCUCCUUCUCCCGGGCUCUGGAGAAUGCCACCCGGGACUACUUUAUCAUCUGCCCUAUAAUCGACAUGGCCAGUGCCUGGGCAAAGAGGGCCCGAGGAAACGUCUUCAUGUACCAUGCUCCUGAAAGCUACGGCCGUGGCAGCCUGGAGUUGCUGGCGGAUGUUCAGUUUGCCUUUGGGCUUCCCUUCUACCCAGCCUACGAGGGGCAGUUUUCUCUGGAGGAGAAGAGCCUGUCGCUGAAAAUCAUGCAGUACUUUUCCCACUUCAUCAGAUCAGGAAAUCCCAACUACCCUUAUGAGUUCUCACGGAAAGUACCCACAUUUGCAACCCCCUGGCCUGACUUUGUACCCCGUGCUGGUGGAGAGAACUACAAGGAGUUCAGUGCGCUGCUCCCCAAUCGACAGGGCCUGAAGAAAGCCGAUUGCUCCUUCUGGUCCAAGUACAUCUCGUCUCUGAAGGCAUCUGCAGAUGGAGCCAAGGGCGGGAAGUCAGCAGAGAGUGAAGAGGAGUUGACGGCUGGAUCUGGGCUAAGAGAAGAUCUCCUAAGCCUCCAGGAACCAGGCUCUAAGAGCUACAGCAAGUGACCAGCCCUUGAGCUCCCCAAAAACCUCACCCAAGGCUGCCUACUAUGGUCAUCUUUUUCUCUAAAAUAGCCACUUACCUUCAAUAAAGUAUCUACAUGCGGUGAA